GCGUGAAGGAAGGGAGGGAACACUCAAUUCGGCCUGCUGCCCAGUGAAGACUCCCGUCAUGGAGCCAAGGGCGGCCCGAAUGCGGAAGAGAGAAGGGCAGAGAGGAGAGCAGGAGGACCCACCCUCUGGGAAGGGAAACACUGAGACACACAGAGGCCCGGACUUGGUGCAAUGGACCCGACAAAUGGAGGCUGUGAAGACACAGCUGCUAGAGCAAGCGCAGGGACAGCUGAUGGAGCUGCUGGACCGGGCCAUGUGGGAGGCCGUACAAUCCUACCCUCCACAAGGCAGACCUCUGCCCUCCGUGCCCCCAGAUUCCUCAAGCAAGACCCGGGAGCCAUCCCUGGGGAAACAGAAAGUUUUCAUCAUCCGCAAAUCCCUGCUUGACGAGCUGAUGGAGGUGCAGCAUUUCCGUACCAUCUACCACAUGUUCAUCGCCGGCCUGUGUGUCUUCAUCAUCAACACCCUGGCCAUUGACUUCAUCGAUGAGGGCAGGCUGAUGCUGGAGUCUGACCUACUGAUCUUCAGCUUCGGACAGCUGCCCUUGGCGCUGAUGACGUGGGUCCCCAUGUUCCUGUCCACGCUGCUGGCGCCCUACCAGGCCCUGCGGCUGUGGGCGAGGCCCCAGGCCGGAGGGGCCUGGACGCUGGGGGUAGGGCUGGGCUGCGCGCUGCUGGCCGCCCACACCGCGGUACUCGGCGUCCUCCCGGUCCACGUGGCGGUGGACUAUCAGCUCCCGCCAGCCUCCCGCUGUGUCCUAGUCUUCGAGCAGGUCAGGCUCCUGAUGAAAAGCUACUCCUUCCUGAGAGAGGCUGUGCCUGGGAUCUUUUGUGCCAGAGGAGGCAGGGGGAUCCGGGCCCCCAGUUUCUCCAGCUACCUCUACUUCCUCUUCUGCCCCACGCUCAUCUACAGGGAGACUUACCCCAGGACCCCCAGCGUCAGGUGGAAUUACGUGGCCAAGAACUUCGCCCAGGCCCUGGGCUGUGUACUCUAUGCCUGUUUCAUCCUGGGCCGCCUCUGUGUUCCUGUCUUUGCCAACAUGAGCCAGGAGCCGUUCAGCACCCGUGCCCUGGUGCUCUCUAUCAUGCAUGCCACCUUGCCAGGCAUCUUCAUGCUGCUGCUCAUUUUCUUUGCCUUCCUCCACUGCUGGCUCAACGCCUUCGCGGAGAUGCUACGAUUUGGAGACAGAAUGUUCUACCAGGACUGGUGGAACUCGACGUCCUUCUCCAACUACUACCGCACUUGGAACGUGGUGGUCCAUGACUGGCUGUACAGCUACAUAUAUCAGGAUGGGCUGAGGCUCCUCGGAGGCCGGGCCCGAGGGGUAGCCAUGCUGGGCGUGUUUCUGGUCUCUGCAGUGGUCCAUGAGUACAUCUUCUGCUUCGUCCUGGGGUUCUUUUACCCCGUCAUGCUGAUGCUCUUCCUUGUCUUUGGAGUGCUGCUGAACUUCACAAUGCAUGACCGGCACACGGGUCCAGCGUGGAACGUGCUAAUGUGGACCAUGCUCUUUCUGGGCCAGGGCAUCCAGGUCAGCCUGUAUUGCCAGGAGUGGUAUGCACAGCGGCACUGCCCCCUGGCCCAGACAACCUUCUGGGGGCUGAUGACACCUCGAUCUUGGUCCUGCCACACCUAGAGGUCAGGGCACCCUCACUGCCCAGAUGACACCACCAAGUUCUUCUCGGCCUGCAAAGCCUGGGACCAGGACUCCUCUCUCUGCACUCCCAGACCUUGCUCAAGUCAAGGGGGCCUGGCAUGCGUGACCCCAGCAGGGAACUCCAGGGACUGAGAUCUGUGGACCUGUGGGCAGCUGAGCAGACUCAAAAUGGUGGUGGCUCUUGAGCCCCCAUCCCCACGGAUUGGGCACAGGGCCCACUCAUGGCUGUCCAGACUUGGGGAGACUUGAAGGACCUUACAGAUUUGGUGAAUGUGGGAUGACUUAGAGAAAAUGGGGCCACCAAGACCUAAGAAGGGUUGGAUUCUUUCUUUGUC